AUGUGUGGAGUGGAGGCUUUUGCGGUCCACCGCUGUGCUGUUCCCAGGUAUUUUGCAGGUCGCUUGGGGGAGGUUACAGUAGACAACAUUAUGCAGAUCCGCUCGUGGGCUGUGCUCACUGUUGUCAAGCCCCCUGCCGUCGCUUUGCUGCUGUGGGGGCAAGUCUGGGCUACAAAAUCGCCAACUACGACCCUGGAAUACUCACACUCAUUAUCCCUUGAUAUGAGGAAAAGCGUGAUUGAAUACGUGACAGCUGCAUACCAAUUUAACCUCCGUGUUCACUAUUCAAUUGAAUCAACAGGACAAAGUACGAAAGAGUCCAAGUUUGUACCAAUAAGAAAUGGUGCGAGGUAA